CCCUACCAACAAUAGUGGGUGAAUCAGUAAUAACAAAACUAUUGAGAUAAGUUUUAAAGCUUAUUGAGAAAUAUUGAUUGUGUUUCUAUAAAUACUUUACCGUUUAAUUUUGUAAAAAACCUUCAUAUUUAAUUUUCAGAUAUGGAUCCAAUGAACAACAGUCCUUCAUUUUUAAAGCUUAUUCAGGAAGAUGACCAGAUAUUUUUGCAAAUACCUAAUGACUUUGCUUCAAUGAUUUGGGGAGACCAACCACCUUACAAAGAUUCAGUUAAGAUUGUUGAUGGCAACAAGUUAUGGUUUGUAAGACUGAAAAAAACUGAUGUUGGCCAUGUUCUUGCUGAUGGCUUCACCAAAGUUGUUCGGGAUAGUUGUAUAAGAAAAAAUAACUAUCUUAUGUUUCAGUCAUUUGGACAAUCAUCAUUCUUUCUAAUGGUGUUUAAAUCAUUUGUUCAUCAAUACUGCUUUAUAUCCAAAAUCACACCUGACAAAGGCGUUAUUGUCAUGGCUGAUGAAUUUUGGAGGCAAUUUUAUGGGAAAAAUUUCAAAGGUGGUCAAUCAACUCUUUAUUUAGGAGAUAGAUUUUGGAACGUUAAGAUGGACGGAUUAACUGACAGCUGUGUUUUUACUCAUGGAUGUUCUAAGAUGGUAAACGAUCUUGCCUUAGACAGCCGAUCUAUCUUUGUCUUUUCAAUGGUUGGAAAUAAAAUUUUCGAGCUUUCAGUCUUUAAUCAUCAAACCAGUACUCAAAUUCAGAACAACAAGGUUGAGUUAGUUGUUUUGGAUGACUCCAUCUAUGGUGAUGAUGGUGAUGAUUUGGUUAUUGCGUCCGAACAUAAGAAGAAGUGUAGUACUGCCGAAACUGACUUUCAGGAAAGUGUUGUUGUGGAAUGUGAAGAUGACAAAUUUCAGUUGGCAAGAUGUUGA